AUGAUCAUUCGAUUAUUACCAUGUUUUUCAUUGAUAAUUCUUUCAAUUAUUAAUCAUCAAUCAUUGGCUUUUAAUUAUAAAUAUUUUUAUGAUCUACAUAAUCCAGUCUAUCAGAAUGGUCAAGGUCAAUAUUAUUCAUUUUGUUCAUUUAAUUGGAAUCAAACUUGUGGUUAUCGUUCACAACCAAAUACAAUACCAUUUCAAAUAAUCGAUGAAUUUGAACAAUUAUCAUCAUUAGGUAUGAUGAUAUUGGAUAUAUCGAAAAUUGAUCGUCAUAGUGAUAAUGAUCAUGAUCAACCAAUCGGUGCAAGAAUAUCUGGACGUUAUUAUCCGGCAUAUAAUUUUACAAAAGGUUGUUUAAUGAUAAAAUCAUUAACAUAUGGACCGGCUAUUUCACAUUGGUUCUUAAGACAACGUGAUCGUAAUGAUCGUACAAUUUAUCAUUAUACAAAUAAAUGGCAAUCAAAAAUGGCUUUAACAAAUAUUGAUGAAUAUUGGCAAUUUUUAUCAUUACCAAUUGAUCUUAGUAAUGGUGCUGUACAAUUUUUCAUAGAUGUUCAUUCAUCCAUCUUAACCGAUAAAAAGAUGAUAAAAGUACCGGAAACUCCUUAUGGACAACCAUCAGAUUCGGAAUUAAUAUCGGGAAAAAUUGAUGAUAUUGAUGUUUAUAUACUUGGUCGUCAUGGUCGUCAACAUGAUAUUAGCCCAACAAAUGUUAAUUAUCGUGCAAAUCUUUGCACAUUAAAACAGUUAGGAUGUACUCAUAUUUUAACAACAUCAGCUUGUGGUUCAUUGAAACAAUCAAUCGCUCCGGGUCAUCUUGGAAUUAUGGAUCAAUAUAUUGAUCGUACAAAUGUUCGUGGUGGUCGAUCAUUUUAUAAAGUAGCACAUAUUCCACAACCACGUCCAUAUGAUCCAAAAUUACAGGAAAUUUUUUAUCAAAGUGCUUGCGAAGCUGGUUAUAAAUGUCAUCCAUCAUUAACAGCGGUUUGUAUUGAAGGACCAAGAUUUUCAACAUUAGCCGAAUCACGUUUAUAUCAAUCGUGGGGUGCUGAUUUAGUUGGUAUGACAAUGGUACCUGAAGUACAAUUAGCCAAUGAAUUAGGUUUGAUUUAUGCAACAAUUGCAUUGGUAACUGAUUAUGAUUGUUGGCAUCCAGAAGAAUUUGCCGUAUCGGUUGAUGUUGUCAACAAAACACUAGCAGAAGUUUCAAAAAAAGCAAAAGAUGUUUUAGUUCGUUCAAUCAAAAAAAUCAAACAAAUUGAUUGGACAAAAACUAUUGAACAUAAAGCAAUGAUUGCACGUAAUGCAAUUAUGGCUAAAUAAUUUGAAUUUUUCCAGAAAAGUUUCUUUUCUUUUUUUACUUCGCGAAAAUUAAAUAAAUAA